GCAUUUGAACUAGAUCUACCCAGGGAAAUGAGGAAUUGUAACAUACACCCAGUAUUUCAUUCAUUACUACUUAGGAUACAUGUUCCAAACAAUGAUAGAUUAUUCCCUGGAAGGGAAAUAGGACAAGUUACUGGAUUAAACAAUGAGAACAAGGAAUGGACAGUAGAUUUGAUUGAAACUCAUGUAGGACAAGGGACUACCACUUUGUUCAAAGUACUAUGGAAGUCUGGAGAUCACACAUGA